GGUAGCUGAAGUUAAUUAUCUCUAAUUAGUGAAGGAGGAAAACAUGAGGCAGGCUGGGGCUGUGUAAUAGCUGAGGCUGGAUUAGUGGCAGAGCAUGUUUGCUGGAAAUGCCAACCAGGAACACAUGGCACUGCCGACGAUGCACGUACCACCCUCUACGCCAACACAUAUGGCGCAACCUACAGCUCCCAUGCAAGUUCCAGUGGCUAGUGAGAAAAACCUACCACUGCCUGUGAUGCAAGUCCCAUAUUCUACGCCCACACAGAUGAUGCCAGCUGCUGUUCCCAUGCAAGUUCCAGUGGCUGCGACCAUGCCAACACAGACUGCAGCUCAUCUCUUUGCACAUCCUGCUGUGACCAUGCAGCCCCAACCGCAGACGUCUGUUGUGUUGAACAUGCAGGGCGGCCCAUCAAUCCAGAACUACAUGGGACCCAGAGGAGGGACUAUGGCAUUUGGACCCGUUGCAUGGGGUACUGGCCUCUUGCAGUGCUGUGACGACCUCCCGAUAUGUGUGUUGGGUUGUUUUUGCACCUGCAUAUUUCCCUGCUACUUGUCUUCGUUGUUCGGUGAGGGGUGCUGUUUUGGAAUAUUGCCCGGUGCCAUGUGCCUAUUGCGUACAGGAGUGCGAGAGCGUUACAGAAUACCAGGUAGUCUUUGUAAUGACUACUGUACCAUUUGCUGCUGCUUGAUAUGUGCUCUCUGCCAGAUGGCCCGGGAAAUAAAAGGACGAGAAUGGCAUCGCAGAAGAUUUCCAAUGCCAUGGAGGAUGGAAGAUGCAGGACCCUUAUAGGGUGCCAUGCUUUGUUGUAUUAUGUAUAUUUAUAUGCAACGUUGUGUAUUUAUAAUUAAUAAAUAUUAAUAUUUUUGGGGGAGACGGUUAGGGUAAGUCCAACUAACAUAUUAAAUGUUUAAUUUUA